AUGCGGCGCUUACGGGUGGCCGUGGCACCUGUCGCUUGCUGCGCGAGCGCUUACAUGACACAUCGGGGUGGAAAAUACCGGCUUGGUGCCGUCGCAUAUCUGGCCACGAUCGACUCGGACAUGGUGUGGGGACAGACGGCAAGUGUUCCUCGGAAUCCGCACGCAGAGCAUCUCAGCCAGCAGAUGAGAUGCCAGACAUUGCACACGAGCCUGAUGGUGACGACGGUGACUUCGGUCCUUCAGAGCAGAGAUUUCAACGGAACUCGGGCUGCGUGGCAACGGAUCAGCCGGGAAAAUUUGACAAAAUGGUCAAAAGCAACUGCAGCAAAGCCCAUGUAUUUGUUUCCGGAUCAGGGCCUCAAUAUGAAGGUAUUGCUGGACAGGAUCGGCGAAAUUUGGGUGGAUGGCGGCUUUGGCACUCGAGAUCAAUUCUUGAAAAUCUAUAGCCCAGCGGCACAGAGGGAUGAGGCACAGGAAGCGGUAGAUCUCCAGCUUCACCUGACGGGGUAUCGGCAGCGAGCUCGUGGCUGCAAGUGCAAGGCAAACCUUGGGGUGUGGGUUGCCAAGCUUGCCACGCAGCAGGGCACGCCUUGGCAAUGCGACGACUUCUUGAAGGAGACGCUGACUCGCAUGGCUGGGGGUAAAGGCUCCGUUGCAAGGCUGGUUCAGCACAGCCCUGAGAUCAAGAGGAUCUUUGUCGAGUACUGCAAAGAGACGGCGAGUGUGGCUGCUACGGUCACCAAUUUUCGAGCCGCCCAGCACCGUUUCGAAUCGUAUUCGAAACCGCUUGGCAGAAGCUGCUUGCACCUGCACGCUUGUGUGAAGACCUGUUUGUAUUUGAUGCGUGCUCGAAAUGACCAAGCGGCAACGCACGCCAAAGCUUGGCUGCUGUGGUUGUCAGAUGAACACGCCAUCCAGGCGGCUAUGCUUGCGGACGCCGCAGACUGCAGUAUGCAGCUGACAAGAUCAAUGGAUGUGGAGGACUUGGACCCUGCGAGCAUCAGUGCAGAACUUAUCGUUUACCGCAAGCAAAUUCGUGCUCUGUUUGUCGACGGCGAAUGCUUCAACCGCUUCGGGUACACCAAGACGAUGCUGGACAUGCUUUCCGAGCCUUGCGUAUACCAAGUUGGGCGCGCCACCUGUUGUAUUGGCUCUGCCACGGGUGUGCCACAGCAAACCCAAAUGUCAUGCUUAAAGCGCAUGCAAGCAUGGGUCGCCUUGGCAGAAGCUACAUUGGCAGCUGAAUUCCCAUGCUGGGAGCUGAUGCAGGCUUUUGGUUGCUUCGAUCUACGUGGUCGCCUCCCAAAUACUGAGGAAUGCCUCUCCAGAAUUGCUCGGAGUUGCAGCCUGGACGAGAAGUUGCUCAUAGCUCAAUUUCAGGAUGUCCACCCACGGGCUCAAAUGGAGUUCAAGGAGACCUCCAGGAAGGCUGGAGACAACCAGGCCGCUUGGGCGGCGAUAAUUGCCAAGUUGUCUAGCCGGAAGAGAGCGCGCGACGCUCACCCUGUAGAUGUGCUGCGCCAAGCCCUUGUUCACUACCUAGUUUUUGGUGGCUCCACCAGCGGAGUCGAGCAAGGCUUCAGCAAGGCAGCUUGGGCUGUACAUAGCCGCCGGCAUCAGGCAAAAGCGAGCACGGAAGAUCUUGCUGUCAAAGUCACUCUGGACAAUCGUUGUUACGAUGAACGCGCGCUUCUACCGCUUGCUCGCAAGUGUUGGUCUGUCUGUUAUGGCGCACCUCGCGUCCAUGAUGUCCACAGAAUCGACAAAGGCGUGACAAAACUACUGCAGGACGAAGAUGGCGCUCAUGGCAAAAGCGAGGCUGCGUUUAUCAGAAAACGGCGUAAAGCUGCUGCUUCGGCAGGCGCCAACCAGUCCUUAGAUUCCGAGGUGAAUACGCAAGAAUUAGACAUUGUUUGGACGGAGAAACACGACGCCGAGAAGCUUUUUUUGCGAAAGAAAAUGAAAUGCCGAAGAGUUCAAGCCUUUGCAGAAAAGUCUUUGCUGGACGAUGAAAUUACGCCGGAGUUGCUAGCAGAUCGUGUGGCCUGUGCGCAGAAGCUUGAAAAGAACGAAGCCGACCGAGUGACGAAAAAGUUGCGGACGCAAGCAAAAAUGGGCUGCUGCUCAAGUGAUGCUUUAGCUUUUCUGGGAGGCGGGUGUGUCUACAUGGCUGUUACGGCUAUGGCUGCUCCGGCCUUGGCUGACUUGCAGCUUGCCAUCGCCCGACAUGGCUUGCGAGUAACAACAGCGCCGAAAGAUGCCGUUGCUAUUGUUUGCGAUCGACCAGGUCGCCUUGCAGAUAAAAGGCUGCGGUUGCUUUCAGCGUUGCUGGGAUGGUACGAGAUGUACCAGCGCGGAGUCGCCUAUGUGGUGGUUGCUUCUGACGAGAAAGAUGACCCGUCCUUGCAGGGACUGAAGCAUACCUACUGCGUUGACGAACUGAUCGAGAAGUUGCUGUUCGGUAGUGAUUUUUCUGGCUUAGACAGUGCGUGGAUAGCUCUUCAGCGCUUGAAGGUGCCAGCCCAACUGCAAUUCUGCAGUGAUAUCGACCCGGACUGCAAGAACCUUCUGCUUACUUUGCACAAGCCAGCCAGAUUCCAUGACAAUGUGGCCACCCGCAGUCCUGACGAUGAGGCGGCCUGCGAUUGCUAUGUUUUCACUCCUCCAUGCCAAUCCUUUUCUGUGCAAGGGAAACGCCGUGGCCUGAAAGAUCCCCGCGCCGCGGCCAUGAAGAGUUCCUUUCAAUAUAUCAAGAGAAAACACCCGCGAGUAGUACUCUUCGAAAAUGUGAAGGGAAUUACCCACAAAGCUUUUCGUCCAGUUUUGAACGGAAUGCGGGCUGCGCUGAAGAAACUGGGAUAUGUGGUUUGGAUGAAAGUCUUGGACAGCUCCAACUUCCGAGUCGCACAGGACGCGGCUGCUUCGGCCAGGCGUAUGACAGCUGCUUCGGCUGCCGGUUGGAGUACAGAUUGGGAAGAUGUUCUGGAGUGCGCACGCAAUGCCAUGAUGUGGGCAAAUGCUGCCGCUGACGGAGACGAUGAAGUCAUGAUCACUGCUUUGGAUGUUCUGACCACUCUUCGUUUCAGCCACAGUUGUCAUUACCCAGUGACUCGUAUCGCCUGUGGCUUGCCUGACAGGAGCGUCAACUUGAAGAGCAACUUGAAGGUGACAGAAUUCACCAAACAUGAGUUUCAGCAAGCCUUGACCCUUUUGCAGAGUCUCUCGCGCUUAGAAACUCCGACCUUCAAGUGGCGAUGGCUUCAGUCUGGCUUUUUUGGCGACACAGCUGAAGCUGUUCUGUGCGACCGCUUUGCGUCGUGGCUGCUUCGGCCACCCAUGGUCAUGAUCUUGGAUUGCGGUGGAGUGCUUUCCAGCACUGAUUCCAAGGUCAAACAAGAUGGACUGACGAUUUGGAAGGCGGCGCAGCCAGGGGCAUGGGCUUUUCUGCGUUGCUUCUGGGCCAAAUAUGGUCGGGACAAAUUGCACGUGAUUUCACGUGUCAACGCCCCCAACAAUGCACAGCACUGGGUGGUUCGCUUUUGCCAAGCAAUGCAGAUGGACACUGAGAAUGUGCACUUGGUCCGACAUGCAGCCGACAAAGGUGAAGUCUCAAAGAACCUCCGCGCCACCAACGCUGUUGAAGACAGCACCCUAUGUCUCUACCACAUGACCUUCGCCAACCACGUGAAUUGGAAGUACGGGAUUUUGUUCGACAAGCACUGGAGAAGCACCAAUAAGCCAUAUGACGGUUGGUGCAAAGCCAAAACAGUGCUCAACCCGAACAAAGCCUGGGACGAAAUUGCGAAAGGGACGAAUUGUUGGCCAGGCCCAAAAAUUUGGGAUACCCUGGUGAAAAACGGGCCACCCUACGCUGAGGCCAGUGACGCAGUAGCUGACGGGGCGCUGCGGCAACACUGUUUUGAUGGAGAUUCUGACGGCUAUACUUAUAGCUAUGACUAUGAGUACACAGAUGACGAGGGCUCUGAUGCGCCGGCUGCUUCUGCCGACCGAGGACCUAUGGCUGAUUCGGCCAACACGUCAAAGGAUGUGGAGCCCGAUCAAGAAACGGCUGCUUCGGCCGGACACACUACAGCUGCUGCGGCUGGCCAAACUGAAGAUCAGGCUGCGGGUGAAACUCCGCCCGCAGCCGAACAGAGCCCACGUCUCCAGUCUCCGCCUGCGCCAGAAAGUGAACCUCCGGUUUUACACCAACAUGUUCAUGCCAAGGGCAAGCCGGAGCCUUCCAGACUAACCUUGACUCCAGGUCCGGGCGCUCGUAUGACACAGGAUGAUGAGGGCCCUGUGGAUCGGGAGGACUUCAAUGACGUUGUCUCAGCUGUUCGAGACCUCACUGGGGAGGUGCGCACCUUGGCAGAAAAACUCCGGGAACAACAACGCAGUGGACAUCGUUCUGCCGACUCAGGCUGGCUGUCUCGAAAGAGGCAACGGGCUGCUGAUUAUCGUGCUUCAGGAGGAGGACAGCAAGUUCCUUUUGAGUUGGAAUCUUUGAAGAAAGCCAUUGGCAGCGAUGCCGGUUGCUACCGUUGCGGCUGCAAUAUUUGGUGGUCUGACCUCAUUUGGAUGGCCAACCACAGGGUUCCUGUGAAUGUGGGGCAGGUCAAAGCCAUCCAAAAAACAGAAUUUUCCAGCCCACCGUCCACAUUUCCUUUCACGGUCACUGUGGCAGUAGACAAAGAAGCCUUGGCCUCCAAGCCUGAAGGUGGAUGGCAGCGGUUGUCUCCAGCUGAGCCAGUUCACGCACUCCUGCUGUCGAUUCAGCAUGAUAUUCAAAGCAAUGUGGGGGAACAAAGGUUGAAAGAAUGGCGACGCGUUUGCCUGACGGUCUCGUUCACCUUUGAAGCAGUGACAGCUGGUGAAGCUCGUUUUUGGCGCGCGCAGAAUCUCCGAGAAUCAGCAGUAAACCAUGGCCUGGUGGUUCGCAUGAGCCUCCGACAGCGCAUUUAUGAUGUGGCUGGGUUCAAGAUGUCCAAAGAGAAAGCAUCCGGACACGAGUUUGGGGCUGAAAAGGUGGCGCAGGCUUACACUCAGCAGUUGAAACUUGCGGUGGACGCCGAACCAAUCAGCAAAUCGUUUGUCGAGGACGCGUGCCACAUUCACAGGCGCUUGCUCAGUCUGGAGCCUUGCCAACAGAUUCUUGAGUGGGCAGACAGGGAGCUUUUGCACAACAAUCCUUGGAAGAGCAUUUACGCUCUCAAGGCGUUGCUGGACCGAGCUUCCACCAGUGACAACAUCAUUUGGUGCAUGCUGGGCAUGAUGGAUGGCUUCCGCAUGAACAUCGUGGACCUGUCCCACUUUGCGGUGCAGAAAGUCAAGGACAGUUACGUCGAGGUCUUGAAAUUGAAGAAGAAGGUCAAAGAACACCUGCUGCAAGAAUGGCUUCAGGGCUUGGACAUCGAGGCGAAGUGGAAAAACGGUUUGCGAGACACCUUUUCGUCCUUUGAGUCUGUGCGGAAGAAGUACGCUCCCUACCCUGCAAGUGCUGCGCCAGACUCUGCUUGGAUGGUGGGGUGCCCGGAGAGUGUGAAUCAAGUGACUGACAUCAUUGAGCAGUUGGUGUACAAUCAAGCUUUUGACAACCGCUACAGAGACGCAGUAAAGGCAAAGCACGAGCUUGAAGAUUUCUUGGGCUAUCCGACCGUGGCCAAAUUGCUUCAAGAUGCGGAGGCACAGGUGCGCUCCGAAAAGAAGCCCGCCGCAGAGUCCAACACUUCGGUGGAAGCUGCUCCGGCUCCUUCUGCUGGGUCGGCUGCUUCGGCCGCAGCAGCUACUGCUGUUUCUGAUUCUUCAGCCACAGGAACUGCUGCUCCCACUUCGGCUGCUUCGGCCCACGACACUUUGAACGACGAGGACCAGCAGCAAUGGCGCCAGCACAUGCUCAAGACGAUCCGGGCACACAUCCGUCUCAUCCCAGAAGGCAAAUCACAAGCUGAAUUGGAACAGGCUUUGAAAGACACUGGCUAUGCCACUUUGAAAGGUGAUCCUACCGGUCAAGUGCUUUUGCAUUUUGACAUCAAGAAAUUUGGUGAGCCAUUGACACGGCCUGACUUUCGAAUUCCAACUUUGAGGGACCAGUCGUACUGCAAGCUGGUGCGAAGUGUUUUGAACGCUAGAUCUGGAGGGGAUGGGCCCGGUGCCCUCCAACCGGGUGAGAUCGGUUUGAUUUUGGAUGGAGGCAAGCAGGGAAACAAAAACAAGCUUCUAGCACCUUGGAAGGAAGGCACAAGCAGAGAAGGGAACAAGAAAGGAGCAGCAGCUGAAGAUGAAGAGGAGGAAGGACAGCAGGACGAGGAUGACGACGAAGGAGACAAACCCAACUUGGUAUGGGAUAGCCUUCUGAUUGCCUACACUGAAGACAGCCUUGCCUCCAGGAAGCAGCGCGUCAGAGGCACGGGAACCUUGAAACAAGUUGAAACUUGCUUGGUCCUCAGCAGCAAGAAAUUGACUUUGCCUGUGCGAACCCGGAAGCAUUUUCAGGGCAGCAGCAAUGGCGACCUGCUGCUUGGAGUAGCGUGGCCCAAGUUGGCGGAAGAAUGGCACGUCAAAUGGCAGGAGAAAAAGGAGAUGCUCGGCAAAAAGCAUUUGGUGCCAGUGGGCGGCAAGACAGCCGACGAUGCUGGCGAUCGCACGUCCAACCGUGCAGCAAAUGAGCUCGAACCCAUGUGCUACCAUUCGUUGCCACUUGCAUUUUACGAAGAAAUUUUGCAUGGCUAUUACGCGAAAAUGGUGGUAGACAUGACACCAAGUGAUGCCAGAUUCGCUUGGGCAUGCCUGCGCACGCGCACAGGCUACGUUGGAAUCUGCUUCACCGAGGCGCAUGUGCGUGGCUUGGAGAACCGCUUGCUCGAGCUGUUGAAAGAGGACAUGGUCGACCCGAACUCUCCUUUGUUCUCGGCCGCCUACUCUGAAGCAGUUGGCUUGAAGAAAACCCCGUCUCAGGGCUCUGGCGGUCCUGACCCCAAGGCUGCUUCGGCCUUCAUGAAGCGCGCAGCGCAGUCCUCAGUGGCUGCUUCGGCCAUUGGAGCUGCAGUUUUGGAAGAAAAACCUUCGACCUGUCGCAUGGGCUGGGCGGGAAAAAUGAGCUGA